UUGGUCUAUGUCACAAGCGGUCAGCAAGUGUAAAAACGGAUCGUUCAGGUAAUUGAUAGAGAUUACAUUUUGCUAAUUGUAAAAUGCAUCAACACUUCCUCAAAUACUUCCAGAAACUCUUUCACAAUAUACGUAGACAGGCUUAACGUGAUUCAAUGAGACCAGCUUUCUUAUUUCAGCACACAAAACAAGCUUAUUGAUGAAUGCACAAAAAAAGACAGUGUGAAUGUGAUUCUGCAUUUCUCUAUGUAUGCGUGUGUGUUUAUUUAAACAUUAUCAACUGAAACCACGGGGAUAAGAAGCUACAAGCUCGAUAUUCCUCCAUACACAGCGCAUUCAAUUGGCUGAAAGUGGUCAGGUGACGCUGUCAUAUUGUCCUUCCACUAGCCAAGCGUUGGCUAUAACACUUGGUUUGCGCGUCUUAACCGGAGACUGGAAAUUAAUAUUAUUGAAAUCCUUCUGAAGUUCAUUUUAAAGAGAGUUAGGAAACCAGACGGGAGACGUGUGUAUGUAACAGGAGGAAACAGAUCCCAAAGCACAACAAAAUAGAGUGUAAGAUUGAGAAAGGAAAAAAGAUAGGAGGGUGAGUUGAUGAGAGGGCGAUAGGGAAGGUAUGAAUUCGUAUUUCGCGAACCCGUCGCUCUCCUGCCAUUUAUCUGGUGGGCAAGAGGUUUUGCCCAACAUGCCACUGAACACGACCACGUAUGAUUCCGUCAGACAUUUUUCAUCUUAUGGCACUACGGUGACCCAAAACCGGAUUUAUGCGUCCCCUUUCUAUUCACCUCAAGAUAACGUUGUGUUUGGAUCAAGUCGAGGACCAUACGAGUAUGGAUCUAACGUGUUUCUCCAAGAUAAGGAUGUGCUUCCCAGUUGCAGGCAAACUAGUAUGGGACUCAAUGCGCAGAGCCACGUUGCCCAGGAGUACAACCUGGAACAUGCUCGUGCAGGAACACAAGAACAGAAAGGGAACAUUCAGAUCUACCCAUGGAUGCAGCGUAUGAACUCGCACAGCGGAGUUGGGUACGGGUCAGACAGAAGAAGAGGUCGCCAGAUUUACUCCAGAUACCAAACUUUGGAAUUGGAAAAAGAAUUUCACUUCAAUCGAUAUUUAACCAGACGCAGACGUAUCGAGAUCGCCAACGCUCUGUGCCUAACCGAGCGUCAAAUCAAAAUCUGGUUCCAGAACCGGCGCAUGAAAUGGAAGAAAGAGACCAAUCUAACUUCUACUGUACCGGGGACCGAGUCGACGGGUGCUUCUCAGGAGACCGAGAAGGAGACCGAGGAGGAGACAGAGGAAGCUAAAAAAAAAGAUUAGGCUAUCUUUUUUCUCGUUCUCGAACGUUAACUGCAACGUAACUACCUAAACUCUGAAAAUUGCAAAUAUUAAUGCAUGGACUGUAUACUCUGCUAUUCCUUUGACCGCCUCCUCUGACUUCCACUCCAUACUAUUACCACCAUGCCACUAAAAUAUACACACGUAGAAACAAACGGGGAAAUUAAGAGAGUCGCAAAUGCACCAUUGUGCAAUACUUUUUGAAUAGAAAAUAAUUCUUGUUUGUCUGCGUGGUCAAAAAAAUGGUACAGAUGGUCUAUUUGUGCGGUUGACAGCUCUAGUAUUAUCAUAUUGCUAUAGGGCUAGUAGAAAAUUACUCCAAAAUGUAUUCGAAUUUGGUAAGUAAGCUACGUUUCCCCUUUCCCCAACUAACUCAGCCUCCAAACAGCUCCCUAAGCAUUCCACAAGUGAAGGAAACUACUUGUAUGCACAUUCUGUGUUUUUGUCCAGACGUAUUUGUACAAUGAUGCAAGCACUGACGGGAUUAACUAUACUACCUACUCCUUGAUGCAUUACAUUUUCAUAUUAUUGUUUUCUUAAUAUUGCCUUUGCCUCGCCAGUUUUUUGAUGUUCAAAAUGCCGCUGUACUGGCACAUUAACUUUUGAGAGAAUUUCAAAAUUACAUUUCAUGAUACUUGUAGCUGUAUGCAUAUACAAUUGUCUUAAAGUGAGAAUCACACCCAUAUGAAUUCAAACAUAUACCUUGUAAGUUGGUACACAAUUAUAUUGUUUGUGUAAACUGUGUAUUAUUUAAUAAAAUUCUUGAAAGAAAAA